GCCGAGCUUUCUUCUGUCCCUGAAGGAGAUCUGGGCUGCUGGGCUCCUGAAGCCCUUGUUCUUUCUCCGGCCAUAGCGGCCGCCGCCCAGCCCGUUGCUCCAGGGACUGGUGCAAAGUGCCGUGUCAUUGGGAAAGCUGGUGGCUGGAGCACUGAAUUCCAUGAAGCUGGAGUAGGACUGCGGGGGUGGGAAAUGAACAGGCGCCCCUGUUCUCGCAAUACACUCUGACUAGCCCACUCUGACUAGCCGGGUGAGGAAGUCGGAGGCGGGGUCCUAGCCUAGCCCACUUGGGCCAGCUGGACUAGCCUGUUCCUCUUCAGGACAACACCUGGGAGCCGGCAGCCAUCUAUCCCAAGUCGGUCUUGCUCCUGCGGGGACCCUCCGCCUGUGCCUGCCACUCCCGUUUCAUGAUGCUGCGAGUCUUCGUCCUCUUCGCGGAGAAUGUCCACACCCCGGACUCCGACAUCAGCGACGCCUACUGCUCCGCUGUGUUUGCAGGGGUGAAGAAGAGAACCAAAGUCAUCAAGAACAGUGUGAACCCUGUGUGGAAUGAGGGAUUUGAGUGGGACCUCAAAGGUAUUCCUCUAGACCAGAGCUCAGAACUUCACGUGGUGGUCAAGGAUCAUGAGACAAUGGGGAGAAACAGGUUCCUGGGGGAAGCCAAGAUCCCACUCCAGGAGGUCCUCGCCACCCCCAGCCUGUCUGCCAGCUUCAACGCACCUCUGCUGGACACCAAGCAGCAACCCACUGGGGCCUCUCUGGUCCUGCAGGUGUCCUACACGCCACCCCCAGGAGCUGUGCCCUUGUUCCCACCACCCGCUUCUCUGGCACCCUCUCCAACGCUGCCUGACAUGGACCUGGUCCCCGGUGGGGGACAGAGCCGGGCUGAAACUUGGUCCCUGCUCAGUGACAGCACCAUGGACACAAGAUACUCUGGGAAGAAGUGGCCAGUCCCCACGGACACAGGAGGGGAGGAAGACACUGAGGACCAGGGGCUGACUGGAGAUGAAGCUGAGCCAUUCCUGGAUCAGGGUGGUGCUGCGGGCCCAGGGGGGCCAACAACACCCAAGAAGCUACCUUCCCACCCUCCUCCCCACCACGCAGCGGGAAAAAGAAAAAGAAGCUCAGCCCCACCCAGAAAGCUGCUGUCGGACAAGCCACAGGACUUCCAGAUCAGAGUCCAAGUGAUAGAGGGGCGUCAGCUGCCUGGGGUGAACAUCAAGCCUGUGGUCAAGGUCACAGCCGCUGGGCAGACCAAGCGGAGUCGCAUCCAGAAGGGAAACAGCCCCUUCUUCAAUGAGACUCUUUUUUUCAACGUAUUUGACUCUCCCUCGGAGCUGUUUGAUGAGCCCAUCUUCAUCACGGUGGUGGAUUCACGCUCCCUUAGGACAGAUGCCCUCCUUGGCGAGUUCCGGAUGGAUGUGGGCACCGUGUACAGAGAACCCCGACACGCUUAUCUCCGCAAGUGGUUGCUGCUCUCCGACCCUGAUGACUUCUCUGCAGGGGCCAGAGGCUACCUCAAAGCCAGCCUGUGUGUGCUGGGACCUGGAGAUGAAGCUCCUCUGGACAGGAAAGACCCUUCUGAAGACAAGGAGGACAUUGAAGGCAACUUGCUUAGGCCCACUGGUGUGGCCCUUCGUGGAGCCCACUUCUGCCUGAAGCUCUUCCGGGCUGAGGACUUACCACAGAUGGACGAUGCUGUGAUGGACAACGUCAAGCAGAUCUUCGGCUUUGACAGCAACAAGAAGAACUUGGUGGACCCUUUUGUGGAAGUCAGCUUUGCUGGGAAAAUGCUCUGCAGCAAGAUCCUGGAGAAGACGGCCAACCCUCAGUGGAACCAGAACAUCACAUUGCCCGCGAUGUUUCCCUCUAUGUGUGAAAAAAUGAGGAUUCGUGUCAUGGACUGGGAUCGCCUCACUCACAAUGACACUGUGGCCACCACCUACUUGGGGAUGUCGAAAAUCUCUGCCCCAGGAGGAGAAAUAGAAGAGGAGCCGGCAGGUGUACUCAAGCCUCCGAAAGCCACUGACCUGGAUGACAACUUGGGUUUCCUCCCCACCUUUGGGCCCUGCUACGUGAACCUCUAUGGCAGUCCCCGGGAGUUCACGGGCUUCCCAGACCCUUAUGCAGAGCUCAACACGGGAAAGGGUGAAGGUGUGGCUUACCGAGGCAGGCUUCUGCUGUCUCUAGAGACCAAACUGGUGGAGCACAGUGAGCAGAAGGUGGAAGACCUUCCUGCUGAUGAUAUCCUGCGUGUGGAGAAGUACCUCCGGAGGCGCAAAUAUUCCCUCUUUGCUGCCUUCUACUCAGCCACAAUGCUGCAGGAUGUGGAUGACGCCAUCCAGUUCGAGGUCAGCAUUGGGAACUAUGGAAACAAGUUCGACACCACCUGCCUGCCACUGGCCUCCACCACCCAGUACAGCCGGGCAGUCUUUGAUGGGUGCCACUACUAUUACUUGCCUUGGGGCAACGUGAAGCCAGUGGUGGUGCUGUCCUCAUACUGGGAAGACAUUAGCCAUCGAAUUGAGACUCAAAAUCAGCUCCUGCAGAUCGCUGACCGGCUGGAAGCUAGCUUGGAGCAGGUCCACCUGGCUCUGAAGGCACAGUGUUCCUCCGAGGACAUGGACGCCCUGGUAGCUCAACUGACAGACGAGCUCCUUGCAGACUGCAGCCAGCCCCUGUGUGACAUCCAUGAAAUACCUUCUGCUACCCACCUUGAUCAGUAUCUGUUCCGGCAACGUACCCGUCACCUGAGCCAGAUCAAAGAAGCUGCCCUGGCCUUGAAGCUUGGCCACAGUGAACUCUCCACUGCCCUGGAGCAGGCUGAGGACUGGCUUCUUCGUCUCCGUGCCCUGGCUGAGGAGCCCCAGAACAGCCUGCCAGACAUCAUCAUCUGGAUGCUGCAGGGUGAUAAGCGCGUGGCCUACCAACGGGUACCCACCCAUGAAGUCCUCUUCUCCCGGCGGGGCCCCAGCUACUGUGGUAGGAAUUGUGGAAAGCUGCAGACCAUCUUUCUGAAAUAUCCCAUGGAGGGUGCGCCUGGGGCCCGAAUGCCUGUGCAGAUCCGGGUCAAGCUCUGGUUUGGGCUCUCUGUGGAUGAGAAAGAAUUCAAUCAGUUUGCCGAGGGGAAACUCUCUGUCUUUGCUGAAAUGUAUGAGAACCAGACAAAGCUGGCGCUGGUCGGGAACUGGGGCACAACAGGCCUCACCUACCCCAAGUUUUCUGACGUCACAGGCAAGAUCAAACUACCAAAGGACAGCUUCCGCCCCUCAGCUGGCUGGGCCUGGGCAGGGGACUGGUUCGUGUGUCCAGAGAAGACCCUGCUCCAUGAUGCUGACGCUGGUCAUCUGAGCUUUGUGGAGGAAGUCUUUGAGAACCAGACCCGGCUCCCCGGAGGCCAGUGGAUCUAUAUGAGUGAUAACUACACUGAUGUGAAUGGGGAGAAGGUGCUUCCGAAGGAUGAUAUUGAAUGCCCACUGGGCUGGAAGUGGGAAGAUGAAGAAUGGUCCGUAGACCUCAAUCGGGCUGUCGAUGAGCAAGGCUGGGAGUACAGUAUCACCAUCCCCCCGGACCGAAAGCCAAAACACUGGGUCCCUGCUGAGAAGAUGUAUUACACUCACAGACGUCGGCGCUGGGUCCGCCUGCGGAGGAGGGACCUCAGCCAGAUGGAGGCACUGAAGAGGCACAGGCAGGCAGAGGCGGAGGGCGAGGGCUGGGAGUACGCCUCUCUCUUUGGCUGGAAAUUCCACCUGGAGUACCGCAAGACAGAUGCUUUCCGCCGCCGGCGCUGGCGCCGCCGCAUGGAGCCACUGGAGAAGACCGGGCCGGCAGCUGUGUUUGCCCUCGAGGGGGCCCUGGGUGGCAUGGUGGAUGACAGGAGUGAAGAUUCCAUGUCCGUUUCUACCCUGAGCUUCGGCGUUAACAGACCCACAAUCUCCUGCAUCUUUGACUAUGGGAACCGCUACCAUCUGCGUUGCUACCUGUACCAGGCCCGAGACCUGCCGGCCAUGGACAAAGACUCCUUCUCGGAUUUACCUUUGGCUCUUUUCCCCCUAAGUGCUCCAAGGGUGCCAGAAACACAGAAGUUCCUCCUGGAGGAAGAGUUCAUUGACUGGUGGAGCAAGUUCUUUGCCUCUGUCGGUGAGAGGGAAAAGUGUGGUUCCUACCUGGAGAAGGAUUUUGACACACUGAAGGUCUAUGAUACACAGUUGGAGAAUGUGGAGGCUUUUGAGGGCCUGUCGGACUUUUGUAACACCUUCAAGCUUUACCGGGGCAAGACUCAGGAGGAGGCAGAAGAUCCAUCUGUCAUUGGAGAAUUUAAGGGUCUCUUCAAAAUUUAUCCCCUCCCAGAAGAUCCAGCCAUCCCCAUACCCCCGAGGCAAUUCCACCAGCUGGCUGCCCAGGGCCCCCAGGAAUGCCUGGUCCGUAUUUACAUCAUACGAGCAUUUGGCUUACAACCCAAGGACCCCAAUGGCAAGUGCGACCCUUACAUCAAGAUCUCCAUAGGGAAGAAAUCAGUGAGUGACCAGGAUAACUACAUCCCUUGCACCCUGGAGCCCGUAUUUGGAAAGAUGUUUGAGCUCACCUGCACCCUGCCUCUGGAGAAGGACCUGAAGAUCACACUCUAUGACUAUGACCUCCUCUCCAAGGACGAGAAGAUUGGGGAGACAGUCAUCGACCUGGAGAACAGACUGCUGUCCAAGUUUGGAGCUCGCUGUGGGCUCCCCCAGACCUACUGUGUCUCUGGACCAAACCAGUGGAGAGACCAGCUCCGCCCCUCGCAGCUCCUCCAGCUCUUCUGCCAGCAGCACAGGGUCAAGGCCCCCGUGUACCGGACAGACCGAGUGACAUUUCAGGAUAAGGAAUACACCAUUGAGGAAAUAGAGGCCGGUAGACUCCCGAACCCCCACCUAGGCCCAGUGGAGGAACGCUUAGCCCUGCAUGUCCUUCAGCAGCAAGGCCUGGUCCCUGAGCACGUGGAGUCACGGCCUCUUUACAGCCCUCUGCAGCCAGAUAUUGAGCAGGGGAAGUUACAGAUGUGGAUUGACCUAUUUCCAAAGGUGCUAGGCCGGCCUGGACCCCCUUUCAACAUCACCCCACGGAGAGCUAGAAGGUUUUUCCUGCGUUGUAUUAUUUGGAACACAAAAGAUGUGAUCUUGGAUGACCUCAGCCUCACAGGGGAGAAGAUGAGUGACAUCUAUGUGAAAGGCUGGAUGGUGGGAUUUGAAGAACACAAACAGAAGACAGAUGUGCACUACCGCUCUCUUGGUGGCGAGGGCAAUUUCAACUGGAGGUUUGUGUUCCCUUUCGAUUAUCUGCCUGCCGAGCAAGUCUGUGCUGUUGCCAAGAAGGAUGCCUUCUGGAGACUUGACAAGACAGAGAGCAAGAUCCCAGCACGCGUGGUCUUCCAGAUUUGGGACAAUGACAAGUUCUCUUUUGAUGACUUUCUGGGCUCCCUGCAACUGGAUCUCAACCGCAUGCCCAAGCCAGCCAAGACAGCUGAGAAGUGCUCCUUGGAGCAGCUGGAUGACACCUUCCACCCUGAAUGGUUUGUGUCCCUUUUUGAGCAGAAGACAGUGAAAGGAUGGUGGCCUUGCGUGACAGAGGAGGGUGAGAAGAAGAUGUUGGCGGGCAAGCUGGAAAUGACCUUGGAGAUUGUUGCAGAGAGUGAACACGAGGAACGGCCCGCUGGCCAGGGUCGGGAUGAACCCAACAUGAAUCCGAAGCUAGAGGAUCCAAGGCGUCCUGACACCUCUUUCCUGUGGUUCACCUCUCCGUACAAGACCAUGAAGUUCAUCUUGUGGCGGCGCUUCCGGUGUGCCAUCAUCCUCUUCAUCAUCCUUUGUAUCCUCCUGCUCUUCCUGGGCAUCUUUGUCUAUGCCUUCCCGAACUAUGCUGCCAUGAAGCUGGUGAAGCCCUUUAGCUGAAGAUGUCUACUCUGGAGAAGGGGCCACAGGCUGCUUCCUGGCCCAGGACCGGCUGCUCCUCCAUUCUGCUGGGGCCUGGUGGUCUUGCACAUGCUCACUGAGUUCUUGGGAUUACCCUAUUUUCCUCAUCCUUUUCUCCCCAACCCGACUCUCUUUUGAAUGAACUCUUGACUAUCUCAGGAUAAAGCAGACAGAUCCACAGACUGUGUUACUGUGUGUCUACAAUCCCUGAACGAGGGAGACUAUGGGUGGUAGGGGUUGUCUGUGGAGACAGGGGUGCCAAUGGGAUGUUAUCAUUUCUGGGCCAGCAUUUUGGAGGCAGAAGCAGCUAGGGCAGAGGUCUUCAGGUUUGAUAUCCGGCCCAGUGGCCAGUAUCAUCCGUCCCCUCCCUUCUGCAGAACCCCUCCCCCCUCCUUUCUGGGGAGGCUGUCAUUUGUUCAGGUAAGAGACUUGACUGGGAGGGUGGCCUGACCUCUGACUUUGACCUCGUCACACACACUUCCUCCCUCCUCUCAGCUCCCACACCCUGCUUAAAAUAUCUGCCUGGAUUCAGACACCUUUUCCUUGUGGUCUGAAGCUUGGCCUUGGCGUUGUUCUGAAAUUUCCUGCGGGAACCAGAGUAAUCCUCAGGAGCAGCAGGACCGUACUCAGAAAACGCAGAGCUGGAAGGCUUUGCUCCAAGGCUUCAGAAGAGAGGCCUCUCUGCCUCAGGGCAGGGAACGCUGGCUGUCUCUUCCUGUCCACUGGGAGGCUUCUCUUAUUUCCUACUAUGAGCUGGUUCUCCUGGCCCAGGUCCCUGGAUCCUGGAGGGAUCCCCCACCCCAUUAUCCCCCACUCCUCUCACCCUCCCAGGACUGUGGGAUUCAGGCUGAGGCGCCACCCAAUUGACAUGAUGGAGCUGGUACCCUGUUACUCUUGCUUCAUGCUGAGCCAAGAGAACCUGGCAGCCAGGCCCUGAGGGCUUGCUGCCUGAGCCCAAGAGCCAGGGACACUCCUCUCCCAGAAAGCAGAGCAGGGACAGGGCUGCAAGCUCUUUGAGAAGGUCCCAUGUAGUGAGGAGGCUUUGCUGGUCUGUGCUGUGUCCACCAUUAUGUGGCGGGAGGGAUGGUAGCCUUUGGAGGAACCAGAGGAGAGGAAGCAAAGGUGCUCACCUCAGGAUGGGUUUGGCAGCUUUGCCCUUAGGAUGCCCUGAGGAUUUCUGAAGGUGUGGAGGAGGAAGAGUCAGAGACACAGUGGAGGGUGGAGCAGAGGUGGUUUCUGCAGACAGAGAAAAUGUUAAUUUGGAAAGGAAAAGAAAUCCAGUAAAUAAGCAAGUUCGUGUUUUCCCCCAGGGUGCUAGACUGUAAGAACUGCAGUUUCCCGGCUGCUUUGAAAGGGUCUAGAGGCUACUGUGGACACUAUUGACUUUUCUAUUCUGGAUGAUAAGUAAUAGGAAAUCUACUCAGACGAGUAAAAAGAACUCAACGAUUUCAUAGAAAUGAAACAUACCAAAGGACAGGCUUCAGGCAAGACUUGAUCCAGCUUCGCACCCAAGGUCUUGUGAUCUUUCUCUGUUCUGCACCCCUUGAGUGGGUUUUGUUUACAGUUCGCCCUGUUCCUAGAGUUGGGCUUGAAGCUGCUUCCUGAGACCACACGAGCCAUUAAGCAAAUCUCAAGCAUGGGAGUGGAGCUGGGGAUGGAUGCCGAGGGAACACAUGUCUGGCCAACAUGUGUGAUAUUGAAUUGCUUCGUGUAGCAGGCCUAGGGUGGGCUCCGAGGCUGUUCCCACUGAGUUGCAUAUGGCUCCCAUAGGCUGAGGAAACAUCUUCUCAAGGGGAGGAGCUUUAGAGAGGCACACUGCUCUGGGACUAGGAGGGUGGGAGACCUUUGGGGGCCCAGUGGUUACAUUUGAACAGGGCUGAACUGUGUCCUGGCCAACAGGAGGGUGUUCAAAGCACUGACAGGUAAAAGGGGCCAUAGAGCCCCAUGGAGUCAGCUAGUCAGCAGGGCAGAACUUCAAGUGGUUCCAGAGAGGAAGGGAAGGCCAGAAGGAAGGGCAAGGCCAAGUGCAAGGACCCUUGUGUACUAAGGAGACUGAACUUCAUAUGAGGCCAGAAGAGAACACAGGAGGGUAGAUGCAAAGGUGGGCUGACCUUGGUCAGAACCAUGUGUUUAAAAAAAUAAUUCUAGUCUAGUUUUUCUUCUGGGAGAUGAGAGGCCUGUAGGAUCAGAGUAGCUUCAAGUAUGUAACCACAGUGGCGGACUGUCCUGUUGGAGACAGAGGCUGGGGAGCUCACUUGUGUCUCAGUGUGGUGUGGCCUUAGGUUACAGAGGCCAACAGGAUCCUGGGCAGCUGGCGUCUGAAGGCUGUUCCAGAAGGCUGGCUCAGUAAUCAGAAGUUAAGGGUAAUUUACUCACUCAUUCCUAUAAGAAAUGUACAUGGAGUGGGGGCUGGUACAAGGCAGGGUUCUAUAAGAUAGGCAUAACCCUGCACUCGGAGGAGGAGGUGCAGGCUGGCAGGUGUAAUGUAGGAAGGACAGGCAUCGUGAGUCAAGAGCAGGGUGGGAGAAGCAAAGAUUUGCAAACACAGACCCUCACGGGAAAUGGAAUCCCCACACAGGCAGGCUCAGGCACAGGCUUCCAGCCAGGCUACUUUUCCCUCCACACAUCCUGCUCUGUGGCAAGGUCUGAAUACAGUUCAGAUCUCAGAACUGCUGUGGGGAGAGCAGGGUGCUCCAUACAAAGGCUGGGCCAUACAGUCCCUGCCCCUGAACUCCAGGGGUGAAAAGGAUCACACAGUGUAAUCCCCAUGCAUGGCCUGAGGUUCCAGGACUGUGGGAUGGCAGAUAAGUUCCAAGCUACCCUGUACUGUCUGGUUUUCUCUGCAGCAGACAGUGGGACUGUUUACCAAAUCCCUUUUGGACAAGUGGAUUCAAAUGCAUUUAGAUAUCGGGUAUUGGGCUCUCCCCCACUUUAUAGAAAGUUCUAGAAAGCUUCUUCCCUAUAGCCUUAUUCAUUCUCUCUUCUCCACCUAUAUGAUCAGACACAUCAAAGUAAAGCCACUGUCCUUGGCAAUGGCAGCUCUGGGAAGGGGCGUUGUGACAGGGAAAGGUGGUGGGGGAAGUGGGGGAGC